AUGCCAGUCUAUAUAAAACACGGUGCCCCGCAAUGGGCAAACACAGCGUGCAUGGAAGAAACUGAACAAAGCCAGAACCACAGAAUAGAGCGCGCAGGCAAAAAAGAAGACGAAUUCAACUGGUUUGAGGACACGACUGAGUUUGGGUUUGACGACAUAGAAGACAUGCCCAAGAAAAAAUCAUUUUCGCACAGAAUAAGCAAGGGGAUUAUCCCGGUGUCCAUAGCAAUACUAAGCAUUUCGCUGCUCGGGCUUUUUGUUCUCAACUUUAUCCCGGUCCGAAUGCGGAUUAUUCAAGGGUUUUCUCUAAAGCACAUCUUUAUUCUUAUUAUUCUGCUUUCAGCCCUCCUUAUUCUGACCAGGCUUGUGGUCCACGGGGGGUGCAUUAUUAUCCGAGACAGCAUCACAAACAGCCAUCUGCUGCACAACAAAAAGCUAAAGCUUGACGUGACGAUUGGGGUCUGGUUUUUCGAAAUGAUACCUCUUGGAAUACACCUAAACACGUUUAUUCCGUGGGCCCGGGUCUUUUUGGACAAAAUGUUCAUAUGCGGGUUUCUCACGAUUCUGGCGCUUUCGGGGAAGGGGAUCAUGAUGGAGAUAUUCAGAGAGCAGUUCCUGUCAAACACCCUAAAAGACAAGGCGAAGGACGUGGAAAUAAAGAACAGAAUAGUGAACGCCUUGCGCGAGUACUGCUAUGAAGACGAGAGCGAGCACGGGUCAGACACGCAGCCGGUUUCGUGCUUUCUUGUGAGCUGCAUAAACGACGAAGACGAAAACCCAAACAGCAACCGCGGCAUGGACUUUAUAAAGGGAGACCUGGACAAGGUGAUUGGCGACAUGUUUACAUCCUCUAUAUUCGAAAAAAACCACCUGACACAGCACGAAAUUCUGUGCCUAGCGAGAGACGUUUUCAUGAAGUGCUCGAAAAACAAAGAAUACAUCACGUUCAACGACUUCUGCGAAAUUUUCCCGAAUGCACAGGCAGCCAUCCAGGCUUUCCUCUACUUUGACAGCGAGAACACAAAAAAGCUGACUAAAAAGGACAUACGAGACACCCUGGGCAUGUUCCACUACAACAGAAAAAACCUGCAGACAAGCUUCAACAGUCUCAACAACUUUAUAGAGGUGCUGGACAACCUGUCCAUCAUUGUUGUGGCUAUUCCCUUGGUCAUCAUAUACCUCAUAGUCCUGGGCUUCCCCAUCAAGCAGCUUGUGGCCUUUUCGCUGAGCAGUGCUCUGAUUCUGAACUUUUUUGUGAGCAGCAUAGCAAAAGACUUCUGCCUGAAUGCGUCCUUCAUCAUCACGCACCCGUUUGACAUAGGAGACGACGUCAUAAUAGACGGGAAGAGCUACACCAUAUACAGGACAAGCCUGUACAAAACAGAGGUGCUGGGCAUAGACGGGGGGAAGAUAUCGUUUCUGAACAAGGUUCUGUGGAACAAAAACAUCAUCAACAUGACAAGAGCCCCGCAGAAGCUGAUCCACAUAAGCUUCAAGCUGGAGCCCUCAACAUGCAAAAGCCAGUUCAACACCAUAAAAAAGCACAUACUGAAAUACCUGCGCACGAACAACGACGUGUUCUAUGAAACCUUCACAAUCCAGUCCGAGUCCGAGUCUGUGUGCAAAGUCGAAGGCCACAACUGCGUGCUGGUGACGCGCUGCAAGUCCAUUGGGAGCAAAAUGGCCAAGCUGGAGCUUAAAAUACAGCUGGUCAAGUAUCUGAAAGAGCUUCUAAAGACCCUGAAGGACAAAGAGGAGCAGAAAGAAAAAGACAGGCUGGCCCAGCAGGCAGCGCCUCCCCAGAAAGAAGAGAGCUAG